CAAAGUGUUACACUGUAAAAUCCACCUGGACUACGACUAUCAUCCCCCAUAUGAAUGAGUUAUCAGCCCUGCUGCCACACUGUUGCCGGCUGUUCACUAAUGAUGGACCACGUGUCUGUCAGAGACGGAGCUCCGGAGAGGAAAAAUUGAACAUGCCACGUUCCGAUUGUGAUAGACUCUUCAUUUUAAAGGCAAUAGCUGCUGUUCUCUGGAAAAAGCAAGGUUGUCAGUGGGCCACAUGCAACUCAUUGUGGAGCCAGCUGAGGAAGAGACACGCAUGUUGGCAUGCAGGCAUUUGUUGUUCACCAUCCAUCAGAUUUACUUGCCACUCCCACUAAACAGCAGACUUGUCUCGGUCUCCAGCAACACAAAAUGACCAUCUCAGUCGUCUGUGGACCACUCAGCCCUGAGGGAGGAGCUGUCACGUCCUUCAGUAGCUCUCCCCGUGUGUGUGCUCCGAAAGAAGCUUACUCGCUCGGAGGACCAACACUGCCAUAAACAAAAGUUAAAGAUAAAUCACUCAGUAAUAUUGCAUGCCGAUAGAAGCACCAAAAUAAUAUUAAGAAUAAAUGUAGGGAUUGUCAAAAGAUUUAUUUCCAUUUCUGUCUGUUUUUUUCUAUUAUUUUCCCUUUCGCUUAUUUAUGUCCCCACUCUUAUUGAUUCCUGUCUUUUCCUUUCACCUUUCUUUAUGCACUUCUUCCUCAUUAUAGAAAUUAGGGUGUCAUUCAUCCCGAGGCAACCAACAGGCAAAAAAGUUGACCCUGUCGCGCAAUUUGAGUGCAACAUUUUUAUCUUUGAUCUUGAUUGUUUUGGUUUGACAAAAAGCCACAUUAGGCAAUUUCUAAAAAAAAAAUGAAUGGCGAUGUCUGCACUCGAUUUGGCUGCUUGAGUUUCAGAGUCAUGCUUGUUCCAUGUCACGCCCUCAUGGUGUACUGAGACACUUGAAAAAAAGAAAAGAAAAAAUAUUGUGUAAUGCAUACUAAUAUUUUCCAUGAAAAAUACCUCUUAUUGAUAACUGGAUGUAAUCAGUGGCGGCUGGUGUUUGUUUUGUUUUUUACCCUCAAUUAGGGUUUUAAUUCAAACCAGAACAUUUUGAACGCUGACUUCCCAUGUGAUAGCCAGUGUCACUGACCGCUGUGCAGCAUACACAGAUGGUACAGUACAGGGAUACAUGGGAGGUUCAAAGCCUGGUCUGGACCCUUAGACUGAAGCUUUAUGUUUUUCCAUUGUGCAGUGUUUGUUGUCAUUCAGUGAGGAUUCUCAGCUACCUUUUUAUUUUGUCUUUGUGCAUGAAACCACUGUUGAGUCUGUUUUAAAAGGCUGAAGUUACUGAUGUGAAGAGUCCUGUUUUCAGUUAAAAUACAGCUAAUUGAGGGUAAAAGGGAGUCGUUCCCUCUCUAGCAUCACAACCUGCUGGUCAUUUUGGUUUAUCAUUACAUUCAGAAGUUCACAAUCUUCUUUGAUUUGGGUCACGGCUUGCUAUUAAGGGGUGAUGCUAUAGUGCACCUGUAAUUAAUGUAACUGUCUGUAUUGUAGGUGAUGCUUCUUUUGCUUCUGCGUUAACUAUUUAAGCGGCAUCAUGCAUUUGUUAGCCCUCCCACCAAAUUUCACCGCCAGCCGCCGCCGGUACUGUCACUUACAAGAAAUCCUUUGAAUGUGCAUUGCAUAUUUCAUUCUUGUUUUCAUGGUCUUUGCUCUGUUGUUAAUCCAGCGUUGUGCUAGUAUAUUUUCAUAAUGUGGGCCUGCCGAAAGGGCUCAACACUUCUUUUUUUUUUCACCAGCAAAGAACAACAGUAACAGUUAGACAAAGUCUUUAAUUAGUGAACAAUAAGCUUACAAAAAAAAAGUAGCUUAAUCCUUAUAUCCUGUUAUUGUUUACCAGAGCGGCAAAGCAUUAAAUAUAACUGCAGGAGACCACAAUUUGAUUUAAUGUUUUUAGUGUGGUGCAUAGUUAUUGUAUUAGUAACCAGCAUACGUUGUUUAUCCUCCAUGACCUAUCUUGGUGAAGGAUGCUGUGUCAGUGCAAACUUCCUAUCGGUCUCUGGUUUUUGUGCAACCAGGCUCUAGACGGUCCUGAGGGGAGGAAGAAGGACAUCUUUGAGCUCAUCUAGGAGGAGCCUGCCGGCUUGACUUCCAGUAGCUGCCUGGCCACCGCCUUCUUUCAGCUCCCCCCUCCCCUCCCUCCCUUCAUCCUCAUCCUCCUCCUCCUCGUCCGCUACUGCAGCAGCAGAGCCCGGUGUCUCCUGCAUCCAUGAAGAAAGCCCCAUUGCACGGCACCUCCCCCGCCACGAUGGGCCGCGAGCUAUUAACUGCGUGGAUGUGUUGAUAUCGUGAUAUUUCAGUUAUCAAAUAUGAAUCAUGCAUUUGAUAUUUCUGGCCACUUUGCUCGUCAGCGUCCUUUCGCCUUGGCUUCAUCCAUCACUAGCUUCAUCCGUUUCUCAAGGUGUAGAGGACAAGGUUGAGGGGGACGCAGCGCUGCCGGUGCUGCUGAAGCAACAGGCAAUUGCAGCACCUGCUACAGACAACACAACACACCAUGCAGUAGAGCAUGUGAUCACCUACCCCUCGCGGUUGAUCUACUACCUGAACGAGGACUCAGAGAGCACCUACCAUGACCUGAACACCCGGGUGAAAAACCAAGCCUCCGAGGGCCCGGCAGUCCACCUCGCCCAGGCCAGUUUCCAAUUAGAGGCAUUUGGCUCUAGAUUUGUUCUGGAUCUCACACUGAACAAUGACUUGCUGUCUUCAGAUUACGUUGAGAUCCACUAUGAAGGGGGGAAACCUGUUGUGUCGAAGGGCGGGGAGCACUGUUACUACCACGGCCAGGUGAGAGGGAACGAUAACUCCCACGCGGCCUUAUCUACCUGCAACGGGCUGCACGGGAUGUUUGACGAUGGAGUCCAUGUGUAUCUAAUUGAGCCCUUGCAACAGACCCAUUCAAUUGAAACUUCAGCAAGGCCUCAUAAACUAAGAAGAACAGCCACGAUUCCAUGGAGCAAUGAUUCAGAGGAACAGGAGGAGGAGGAGCAGUUCUUCUCAGAGCUGGAUGAAUUAUCCUGGCUGAAGCGCAGGAAAAAGCGAGCAAUGCCGCGCAGCGUAUUUGAGGAGAUGAAGUAUUUGGAAGUCAUGAUUGUCAGUGACCACAGCAUGUUUAAGCGGCACAAGAACAAGCAGCACACGAAGAAUUUUGCCAAGUCAGUAGUGAAUCUUGUGGAUGGUAUCUUCAAAGAGCAACUACACACCCGUGUGGUGCUGGUUGCUGUGGAGAUCUGGACUGACAAAGAUCACAUCCCCAUUAGCGUGAUGCCGCUGGAAAUGCUGCGAGAUUUCUCCAAGUACCGGCAGCAGAGCAUCAAGCACCACGCAGACUCCGUGCAGCUCCUCUCAAACGUGACCUUCCACUACCGCAGAAGCAGCACUGCAUACUUUGGAGGCAUGUGCUCUGUGAGCCGUGGCGUAGGGGUCAAUGAGUACGGCAGCAACUGGGCCAUGGCAGGGUCCCUGUCUCAGAGCCUGGCACAGAACCUGGGCAUCCAGUGGGACCCGGCAUCUAAGAGAAAGGAAUGUGGUUGUGCUAACCUGUGGGGGGGCUGCAUAAUGGAGGACACAGGAGUCCAGCACCCACAGAGAUUCUCCAAAUGCAGCAUCUCAGAAUACAAGGAGUUUCUGUUGAAAGGCGGAGGCUCGUGUCUGUUUAACAGGCCAACCAAGCUGUUUGAGGUGGCGGAGUGUGGGAAUGGAUUUAUUGAAGUAGGAGAGGAGUGUGACUGCGGAGGGAGAUCAGACUGCUACAAGGAAUGCUGCAAAAAGUGUUCGCUUGCCAAUGGGGCGCACUGCAGCGAUGGACCGUGCUGCAACAACACAUGUCUGUUCUUCCCACGAGGUUACAGCUGUCGCUACGCUGUGAACGACUGUGACAUCUCGGAGACGUGCUCCGGAGACUCUGGACAGUGCCCGCCCAACCUCCACAAACAAGACGGUUACCUCUGCCAGGUGAACCAGGGCCGCUGCUACAACGGAGAGUGCAAGACCAGAGAGAACCAGUGUAAAUACAUCUGGGGGCAAAAGGCUGGAGGCUCCGAGAAGUUCUGCUACGAGAAGCUGAACACGGAGGGCACGGAGAAGGGCAACUGUGGAAAGGAUGGGGAGAAGUGGGUUCAGUGUAGCAAACAUGACGUGUUCUGUGGUUACCUUCUGUGUACCAACGUCGGACGUAUUCCACGCAUCGGAAUGAUGAAAGGAGACGUCACCCCCACCUCCUUCAGUCUCCAAGGCAACCUGAUACAGUGCACUGGUGCCCACAUCCUUCUGGAUGAUGACACCGAUUUAGGCUACGUGGAGGAUGGGACUCCCUGUGGGCCGUCGAUGAUGUGCCUUGACCACAAGUGUCUGCCCAUCCAGUCGCUCAACGUGAGCACCUGCCCCAGUGGACCUAAUGGACAGGUGUGCUCUGCCCAUGGGGUGUGCAACAAUGAAGCCACGUGCACCUGCGACACCACCUGGGCGGGGACGGACUGUAGCAUGCCUGACCCGCCGAAAGAGCCCGAGGUCACGCCGAAUGACGAACCCAAGGGUCCUAGUGCCACCAAUCUAAUAAUAGGCUCCAUCGCCGGAGCCAUCCUUGUGGCUGCCAUAGUGCUGGGGGGGACUGGAUGGGGCUUUAAAAAUGUGAAGAAACGUCGAUACGACCCCAACGCCUCAGCCAUUUAACCCCGAGGAGAGAUGGCAAUCAACCGACGGGCUCCUCCAAGGCUUUCUUAGUUGGCUCCCUGACAGCUGGACUGCACUUAUUGCUGCUGAUCUUUGGCAUUAGAUUUACUUGAAAAAGACAUAGCGGACAUUUUAACAAAUUCAAUAGUAGUGACAUUAUAAAUGCAGCCUUUUCAACUCCACCUCACCCAUGUAACAGACUCCCCACCCUCCCACCCUUCCACCCUGAUCUACAGAGUGACCGAGCUCCUCUUCCAUCCUUUAGUGCCAGUGCACAGGCGUUCAGGCGGAAUCCACACCACUCUCUUCACCUGGCAUGAAUAUCCACACAAAUCGUGCUGCUUGUUGGCCUCCUGGCAUGAAGAUCCCUCACCGCAGGGCUCUGCAUGGCUACCAAAGCUACGAAUAUACCGCAACGAAAAGAAAAACAAAAAAAACAAAAAAAAAGGAAUUAUCCAGUGCAGGUGCAGGAGAAAGCCUUGUUAAAAACCAAACCGGACGGAAAGCAGGUUCCUGCAGUUCAUGUUCAGGGUUGCAGAGAUGAUUAAGGAGGCUGCAUGUGAGGCCCUCGUAAGGGCAGUGCAGACCACGUAGUGAACGCACUUACACAAAACUGUACAUAAAUAAAGGAGUUCAGGUUUGGAAUCAACAGCAUAUUACUACGAGGACAUCAGUUGCUUUUGUUUUUUCGUUUUUUGUUUUUUUUUGUUAUUUUUUGUAUCCUAGCAUGUUGUAUAGCGGGUGUUUUUUUGGCAGUGUUAUUGGAAGAAAACAAAAUCCGCUGUUAGGAUUUGGGCCAAAAAAUUUUCGAGCAAGUUGUAUUCGAAGCAGCGGACAGAGCAGCUGGGGUGUCGAGGAGAAGCACGUAAGCUCUAGAGAGAGAUUUAACGUCACAAGAAUCCCCCCCCCUCCCCGCUUUCCCUCCCUCCCCCGAUGUAUCUUCAACACCGACUCAGAAGCCAAAGAACCAAUCACCUGAACAUAUGGAUGUUGUUGCACGCAGAGCACUUUCCCCUCUGUCUGCAGCCAGUGGUGCCUCUCGUACUGCUGAGAGCAUGAAGUCUGUCCACGCAGGCUCACCUGUCCAGGCCAGGUGUCACUUAACAGUCCUCAUCAACACCCACUAUACUGGCUUAGCCUUUUGCUCUCAUAAACUCUUAGUAGAAAUCAAGUUCAGCUCUACCGGCAACGCUGCAUGCAAUCACUAUAGUGGGCUUAUAAUUCUAUAUGGGAGUCCCCAAGACCCGCAAGAAAAAUAUGCUACAAAAGAUUAGGUGCAUGUCAAGGAAAAAAAAAACAAACAUUUAACUUUUAUUUACUAUGCAAAGAGAGAUAUUGCACAAAAGAAUGGGUACCAGUGACAUCAAUGUAGACAUGGAAUUACGAAAAUCUCUGCUAUUUUUUUGUAUUUGGCCACUCCCAUGUCUCCCUCCAUUUCGCUUCGACAUACUCAAACUGUGGACAAGUAAAUAAUAAUAAUAACAAAAAAAAAUUUAACAAAACUGAAUAAAUAUUUCCUGGUAUGAAAAAAAAGUGAGAGAGCACCCCUUUACAUUUGUGGAACUGAAAAAAAAAAAAAUUUUUGUGUGUUUUUCAUCUGAUAUUUUUAAUCACACAAACACACACUUGUACACACACACACACACACACACACACACACAAACUAUUUGGUCCCUGCGCACAUCGAGGCCUGAACAGUUUCCUCGUGCAGGGCGACCAUGUCCAGUCCAGCUGGUGGUUGGUGUGCUCCAGGUGCUGCCAUAGCACUGGCAUCGUUGUAAUCCUCCAUGUUACUCAUUGUCUGGUGUCCCUCUCUCACUGCAUCAUGUACAGUCGGACUGAUUAAUAAAACUACUGACAAAUUUUA